ACCAGGGCUGCCUCGCGCCUCCGACCCGCCCACUCUUCACUCACACACGGGUUGAGGUGAUCUUACAGCGGUCUCCCAAAAACCAGCUUGCUCCUCAUCACUGGAGUCUCUGAAACUCAUAAAUCUCUUGGUCCUCGUGGAAUGUGAGGGGUGCCAUACAGAUAGCACAGAGCUUCCCCAUCAGUCUGAAGCACAGCGAGCAGUAAUGGCCUGUGAAAGGAAAUUAUUUUGUCCAGCAGGCCACACACGAUUCUUUACCGAUAUCCAGGAGCCUGGCUAUGAUGGCCCCCCCUGGUAGGCUGCAAUAAGAUGAGGAGUGAUGGUACCUGGCACACACCAAUCUCUGUAAACGUUUGACAUAGCCACCAGCGACCACAAUAAACAGAGUGAAGCCAUAAAGAAGACCUUUGUUUGGAGGGAAGACAAAGGAUGUCAAAUGAAGCUGCGAUGUCCCUAAAGAUAUCCGAAGCAUAACCAGAUCCAUUCACAUUCACUGCAACCACUACAGGAGCUGGAGGGCCUGAUGUAGGUGAGAGUUUCUCUGUGGCUGAGGGGAAGUACAGCUGCUUUGCCCUGUCUGGAGCACUUCCUGUCCAGCUCAAUAAACUGGAAGUACAUACUGGAGAUACAUGAAUAGAAGCAGGAAGAAACCCAAGUAUGCCAGCAGAAGCUUGAGCUCCUGGAGGAGGCCCAGCUCCUCUGACACCUCCUCCAUGAUCUCCUGAGCAGCAUCCUGUAUGGACUGACUGUUGUCCAGAAGCAGGUCAAAGUUGGUAGAGGGUUCUUUGGUUGCAGGGAAGGAGAAACCAGCAAUGGAGUGUCUCAGGGAAACCCAAACUAAAUCACCACACUCAACUUUGGAGAAGGUGUGUAAGCGUGUUCUGCCACCUGGAGUUUAUAAGUUCCUGUUCGACGCACUGUCACAGUUUCCUGUGAUUCGAUGUCUCACAGGCGCUGUAUUUGGUGCUCUGAGUGGAGUGGGAUUGUUUUUCGGACUCAUGCAAAAUAUUGCCAUGACAACAGUACAACAUGUUGUUGUUGGAUGUGUGUUUGUGGGUCUGUGUAGUCUUGGAGGCAUGUUUUCCUCCCUGUUCCGCUGCUCCGUCCUCCUGAUGUUUCCUAGUAUGAUUGGAUCUCAAGGUCGGACAUUCCUGAUGGUUUAUGUGCUGCAUGGACUUUACCAAGGCCCCAUUGCAAACAUCCAGCGUAAUGUGCAGGACGUGGCCUCCUCCAUGGGCUGUAACAUAGACCUGCAGAUCACACACAGCAAGGUGAUGUGGAGAAUGCUGACAGAGCCUUACGUGCAAGUAGUGCAGGAGAUAGUGAAUGACAGUGAAGUAUUUCAAAAAGAGGCUCAAAAUGUGAGCAGACAGUUCCAGAAGAUUCAGGAUGAGGUAAUGGGUCAGUAUGGAUAUGACUCUCUUGGUAAGGAGUCUGUCCAUACGGCCAACAGCACCCAGGAGGAGUAUGUAGUGAAGACUAGAGCUCGCUGUGACUAUGUGGUGCAGCAGGGAGUUAGUCGGUGUCAGGAUUGGUUCAGUGUUAAGUGGGAAAAGUGCAUGAAUACCAUUCAAGCCCCUCUUAUAAACCACUUCCUCUGUGUACCUAUGCAAUUCCACUUUCUGUGUGAUAUCAUGAGAGUGAUGACAUCAUGGUGCACUGAGAAUGUCCCAGUUGAGGGAAACUUUGGUCAGACCUUCGACAAACUAAACGACUCCAUCAACAUGCUUGCAGAACACUUCACCACUGAUGUAGUGCUUGAGAAAUUGGAGCAGCAGUCAGUGUUUGGAGUGGACAUCCUCCAGAAUUUCUCUAAGGAGCUGAGCCGUGAGUUUCAAGAGAAAUCAGUCAUUGCUGAGAAGAUAGCUGGGGCGAUUACCUUCCUUCUCUCAUUCACCUUCAUCACUGUGUUCACCUCAGCGUUUGGAUAUGUUCAUCAGUAUUGCAGAGACAUUCAUUUUGACAAUGUCUACAUAACAACCUACUUCAGACAGAUUGAUGCUCGCAGAAGGAGAGCUGGAAAGAGGUAUUUGCUGCCACUCAAGAAAGCAGAGCAAGCGAGCUUGAUCAACCCAUGGAGCUUAUCUAUCCACCCCAGCGAGCUCAUGCCUGUGAUUGUGGGCUUCCUGCAGGUUGCAUCUCUGGCUCUGUUUGUGUGUGUUCUGCUUGCUGUUGAUGGAAUCCUGCACAGCAUCUUUGACCUCAUCCGAAGACACACUUUCACCACAUACUCAGUUACUAGUGUUCAUCACAUAGACAUUGUAAUUGGGGGAGAUUCCAUGUUAGCCAGACUUCUGCGGAAAACCAUUGGUGCAUUCAACACCUCCUCCAAUCUUGAUAUGCAAUCCAGUAACUUCCAAUGUUUGCCCCAGCCACAUGCACUGAGCCAGUCAAGCUACUUGUGGAUCUUCAUCCCCCUUUUACUGAUGUGCCUCAUGUGCUGCCUGCAGGUGUACACCAAUCGUCUGCGCAGGGUCAUCACCGCCUUCUACUUCCCAAAGAGAGAAAAGAGACGGAUCCUCUUCCUCUACAACCUACAGAUCCAGAAACGUAUCUCCUUCAUCAAAAGACAACGACAUCGCCUGAGAAAUCAAAAACAGACAUUUAUAAAGGUGCUGUCGGCUGUGUUGGCCCCACUGAAGCGUGUGGGCUGUAGGCUGUUCUGGUGCUGGGUGUGUGGUGGGUUUGUGAGGCAGAACCAGGCUGUGGAGUGCAGUUCUGUAGGCUGCACAAUGAUCUGUUGUCAGCAAUGCUGGACAGACCUGGACAACAUCUGCUACGCCUGCUUGCCUCAUCAAUGUGGACAGCAAGACAGCGGCUCUGAAUCUGAUGUGUACUAUGGCUGCUGA